AUGUACGGCGGCCACAUCACCGAUCCGUGGGACCGACGUGUGAACAACACCUACCUGGCGGUGCUGGUUACGCCAGAGCUCUUGGCCGGCGGAAACCUGGCACCCGGCUUCAAAUCUCCAGAUGCCAGCAAGCUUGAGUACUCGCACUACGUCAAGUACAUCGAGGAGCGAUUCCCCCUGGAGGUGCCGCAGAUGUUCGGACUGCACCCCAACGCUGAGAUUGGCUUCCUCACGAAUCAGGGCAUCAGCAUCUUCAAGACGAUCCAG